AUGUAGCAAAGUUAUGAAGAAACUAAUAAUAGAUUUAUAAUUACAAAGGAAUUACUUGAAUUAGAUGAAAUUGAAGUUAAUCAACCUGAUAGCAAAAUAUUACAAGAAAAUAAAGUUUAUUAAGGAUUGAUAAACUUCAAGCAACUAUAAGAGGCAGUCCUAAUUAUAGAUAUCGACUUAAUCAAUCAUAAAAUUAAGGAGGAAAUUAAAAGCUAACAAAUCGAAAAAGGCAACGUGUACACUUUUGAUCUAGAUGAUUAGACCUUCAAUGAAAAUUAAGAUAGACUUAAAAUCCUAUGUUUGGGGAAAGAAAAUUCUCAACCUGUUGCAUCACUGUUAGUAACUUUUGAAUUUGCCUUCCCUAGAAAUUCUUAGAUGGUAAACUCAAUUAAUCCUAAUUUAAUCGUAUAGUAUGCAAAAAUUCAUGAAGUUGCAUUCGAUGAAGAAUUCAAUUUUGACAGUGAUAAGGAUUUGAUUGGUAUAUUUUCGUGUAAAUUAAUAUUUUCUAGAAAAAUAAUUGCAUAAAUUGGCUAUUAAUGCAGCUCAAAAGAGAAAAGCACUGUACGCAUUCAUGAUAAUUCCUAAAUAAAAAACAUAGCUUUAUGA